CCCCACGGUUGCGUUCCGCCACCUUAUAUUUUUACCAGCCUCAUUAUCCCAUUUUCGAUAUAUUCAUACCCGUCAUUGCAUUGAUUAGUGAUGCCUGCCGACGGAAAAAGAUCAAAUGCGAUACAGCCGGUCCCGGUAGUACGUGUAAAACUUGCAAAUCAUUGAAAAUCGAAUGCACAUUCAACGACAGGCAAGUCACGGACUCUUGCUUUGUGUAAUAUUGAAACACUGCAGUGCCAAGAAACGCGGACCUCCGAAAGGGUAAGUGACCUGUAAAAAACAAGGAUCCGACAGUGUGGAGGUUGAUUUUUUUUUUCUGUCGUACCAUGUUUGUGUAUAGGUACAUUGAGAUAUUGGAGAAUCGUUUAAAACGUAUGGAGAAAAUUCUCGGAGGCCUCGCCGAAUCGAAACAAGACACCGCCCAUCCUGACCAUCCAGAACAGCAAAUCACCAGCCAUCGCCCAGACUAUCCAACCUCAGUGUCACCUUCUUCGACGUCCGCCCCUCCUCCGAAAAAAGCAUCUUCGUCCGAACCACAGACCUCCCUCGAUCCUUCUCCGUCCGCCUCUUUGUCCUCUCCAGUACCACUCCCUCCACCGUCGCGUUCUCCCGAUGAUCCAGUAACAUCAUCGAAAUCUACUCGUUCUCGAUCUCCUCCAGAACAGAAACCGCUGGCCGUCGAACUUUCCUCUUUAAGUACGGAAAUGAAAACGCGAUAUAUUGGUGACAUGAGCCCCUUGCCCUUUCUGGCACGUAAAGUGGAUUUCGAGAACAGUGAAUUGUCGUCCCACCUUGGAUUCAAAAUACGUCGAUUUGGACAAAGUCUCGUCUGGUACGAAGAAGAAGAUAAAUCGGGUAAAGGCGCCAAUCACAAGCUAUUGGAAAUGCUGGGCAUGUUGAAACCGGGCGAAACCAUCAAUACAUUGAAUGAAUGGAUCUACAAAGUCGCAGGGUUGGAUAAAAGCAUGAGCGAUCGUCUAAUGAAAGUCUAUUUCGCGUAUAUCCAUCCUGGACUCCCCGUGGUAAACAAGGCGUUGUUUUUGAAACAAUAUCGUGGGGAAAUUGGGGAUUAUCCAUCGGCACCCUUGUUGAAUGCUAUUUAUGGCGCAGCCGUACGGUAUAUCGACACAUGUCAUUUGUUCGGAGGCAAAGUGAAUGCGGACGGCACGAAUUGGGACAUUCCGAAAGGCUGGUCGGAACAAUUAUUCGAUAACCUGCUGACGUAUGUUAAAGGGCGUUACAGUCCAUGUAUCGCUACUAUCCAGGCCUUGGUGAUUGGACAAAACCAUCGUGCGAGUCUCGAUGAAAAACUCAACAGCGGCUGGCUAUUAAAUGCCGCUGCCAUACGCAUGGCUCAGGAUUUGGGACUUCAUCGAUCCAGUGCAACGUGGGACAUUCCUGAAAGUGAAAAGGAAACUCGCAAGCGAGUGUGGUGGUCAGUUUAUAUCAUGGAUAAAUGGUCAGCCGCUGCCACCGGACGUCCCCAAACCGUGUUUGAUGAGGACUGUGACGAAAAUUAUCCAAAUGAGAGUGCGAGUUGGGAAGAGGUGAUGGAUGUCAUGGAACGCCAAGGCGAGAAUGAGGCUGAUGCAGAUUACCCGCGAUUCCCUUCCUUGGACGAACAUGUGGCGGGAAAAAUCAAAGGGGAAAAAAUUCCCAUCUAUCAGCCCUUUGUGCAACUCGUGAAACUGUCCGAAAUUCUCGGUCGCAUCCUGCAGGGAUUAUACACACCGCUCGCCAAACGUCAAAGCGCCGAACGUGGUAGUGAUGCCAUUGUCACUUAUCUCGAUGCCGCUCUAUCCGAAUGGCGCAGUGCCCUUCCCCCAGCUCUGCAAAUAUCGAACGUCAAUGUACGCCGCCUUGAUCACAACGGUCGCACCCCUUUGCUAUCCAUGUCAGGGUUAAUGUAUUUAUCGUACUGUACCUUGUUAAUAUUGCUUCAUCGUCCUUUUAUUGAAAAGGAAGGAGGCCAGAAAACGCGGUCAUCAUUGUCGUCGCUCAGUAUCUGUACGAGUGCUGCGACACGGUGCGUGGACAUUGCGGCCAAGAUGCAUUACCGCGAUUUCUUGCUCGUGUCUUGGAACUUUGCUAUUUAUCCUGUGUUUACCGCGUCCCUGAUUCACAUUUAUAAUGCAGCCAACUCAGAUACGAUCGUGUCCGAUGAAGCCAAGGCCAAUCUUAUCAAAGCGGCAGCGGUCAUUAAACGGCUUUCAAAAAUGUCUCAAGCGGCCGGCCGGUUAUAUGAGGUACUGAUGAAGCUCAUGGAAGUACGCAAUAUCUCGGUGGAAGAAAUGAUCCUAGACGAAGAAGAAGAGGAUACGCGGGACGAUCCAGAAACCCAAGUGAAAAAGAAGAAUAGGAAAAGAUUGUUUACCGAUCGAGCCUCGGUGAUUCAGAAAGAGGCCAUAGCCGCUUCUUCGCCAAGCACCGAUGGCCGAAAGUUGGACGAUCUGACAUCAAGUGUAUCACCGCGGGUAUCGGAUGUAGGACGCGGUCAAGCGAUGCAUCCUCAAAAUACGAAUGACAACAAAUCACCUCAAAGUCUGAUGAAUAUCUCGAUACCGAACUACGCAGACUCGGACAAGGGAGGUACGACUGGAAACAGCAGUGCCGGAUCCACGCCUUCUUCGGCGGUGAACAGUGAUUGGAUCAACGGGUUGUAUUCUUCCAUGCAAGACAGUGGACGCCAAGUGAGUGCUGGUACUACGCCGUCGCAAGAGGCAGAUCCACAUUCGUUGCGACAGUUUGGACUGAGCAUGGACCAAAUGUUCAUUCCUUUGGAGCAGCUGGGCGAGGCAGAUGUGCACAGCAACAUUCCAAUGGAGCAACAAGGUCCACAACCUACCAUGACCGAUAUUUUAAUGUCCAACCAUCCCAUCAACGGUUUCUUGCUAGGAUUUCCUCAACUGAAUGCGAUCCCGUCCUCCACUUCACCUAGUUCUCAACCGCCGCCGGCAGUGACGGUGCCAUCGCAUGGUAUGCCUGUAUCACAAGCCAUGUAUCGUCCAAAUACUUCGUCCGAGUAUCGAAUGCCCGUGGAACAGGCCCCCAUGCCUCUGCAUGAAAUGAAUCAAGGGCUUUUCAGGAAUCGUCCUGAUAAUCCUUUCUGGUCUGUCCCGAGUACAAUAGAAAUGGCCGAUUGGACAGCCUAUUUAAUGCCAGAACAACUUCAACAACCGCCCUCUGGCAAUCCACCGUCCUGGCCCAACGGCCAUGGCUGGAUGUAGUAUUAUUGACCUAGGAGAACAACCGUCGAGGGAGCCAUAUGUACGAUUUUAUUUAUUUACCACUAUUUUUUUUUUGAACAAAAUCCAUCAUGUAUUGUAAUUGCAUCAUUUCACCCAAAUUUUACGUUUCAUCUUGCCAAUCUUGUCAUACAGUCUUUGUGACGCAUUUGACCUCUUUGUUAAAAACAAAAAAAA